AUGAGUACCAACAAUAGCAGUAGUUCUUCUGGUGCAAGCCAGCAAGAGAGUCCUGAGGAAAAGUUGUUCAUUGCGCUUAUGAGAGAAGAGUGGAACAACGUUGUGAAGAUUUUCGGACAUCAUCCGCUGAUUCAUGAUAAGAAGAUGGGAAAUAUGAUGAAAGCAACAAAUGAGAGAGCCGAUUCGCGGUACGAUGAGUUCUUGUCGGACACUGUGUUGCAUUGGGCUAUCACCAAUGAGGCGCCAGAAUUUAUUGUUGAGGAACUGGUUGACGCAAUAGUGGAGACUGAUAAUAAUAAUAGCAAUGCUUUGGAGACUCUGAAAGCUAAGAAUAGUAGAGGGGAUACUCCUUUGCACUGUGCAGCCACACGUGGCUCUCUUGCCAUUUGUCGGCGCAUAACACAUGUCAACGGGUCAUUGGUUUGUGAGCGUAACAAUGAGGGAGAGACACCUCUCUUCUUGGCUGCUCUUCUUGGUCACCAACCGGCGUUCCUUUUUCUUCAUUCAGUUUGCAAGGAGAAAGAACCAUUGUUACCGUCCUCAAUGUGGAAAAGAACAAAUGGAGAUACUAUACUUCACGGCACCAUUAGGAGAAAACAUUUUGAUUUGUCCUACCGAAUAAUUGAGCUUUAUAAAGAUCAAAAGAUUGGGAGCUCUUUCAAUACAGAGGGACAUUUGCCUUUGAAUGAACUUGUCAUGAUUCCUUCUGCUUUUAAGAAUGGCAUUCUUCUCAGAUGUCGGCAGAAACUGCUUUACCACUGCCACCUUGGGAAACUAAACGAGAAUCAUGUGUGCCGUCUCAUGGACGAACUUAUAAGACAAGAUCCUUGGUAUCGGGAAAAUGAAAAGGCGAAGGAUAUGAAGAAUAUUGUGAACAUGAAGUUUUACCCUCUCAUGGAUAUGAUUAUACAGGAAGGCCGAAUCAAAAGAUCAACAGCACUGUUAAUAGCAGCUCAAAAUGGUUUGACAGAACAAGUGAAGAAGAUCCUAGAUGAUAUUCCUGUGUCUAUCCAUGACCAAUUACUUGAGGAGAAGAAGAAUAUAGUACAUGUGGCCAUAGAGGAAAGGCAAAGCCAUGUAUUGGAGGAAGUAAAGAAACGCAAACAUUGGCUUGUACUGAGAGAAAAGUUGGAUGUUGAUGGAAAUAAUGCAUUGCAUUUGGCAGCCAAGCAAUCAAAAUAUACAGCAAGAGGGAUACGGGGGUCUGUUAUGCAAAUGCAGUGGGAAGUCAUGUGGUUUGAGUAUGUGAAAGAAAAUAUGCCACCUUACUUCAUUUCCCAACCCAAUAAAAAGGGUGAGACUCCAGGGGAGAUCUUCACCAAUGAACACAUGAAGCUCAUCAAUGAAUGUAACGACUCAGUGAAGGACACGUGCACGUCUUACAUUGUAGCAGCUACCUUUGUUACUGGUUCUGCCUUUUCUGCAUGCUUCCAGGACAUUGAUGGAUUUGGCCAUACAUUUUCUAUCUGUGUUUUAAUAUCCUUUCUCUCCUCUAUGUCUUCAUUAGCCACUUUUUUGGCCAUUUAUCUCUCUAGAAAGGUACAACCCAGAGGCUUUCGUCGAAGUUUGCCAUUGAAGCUUUGUUUGGGAAUUAUCUCAUUCCUAGCGUCACUUGUCUCAAUGCUGGUUUCUUUCUAUGCUGCACUAUCCCAUGACUUUGAACCUAAAGAGAAGUAUAAGCCUAUCAUAUCCUAUGGGAUCAUUUUAUUACCAGUAGCUUUGGUGUACGCAUUUGCUCAAUUUCCACUAUAUUGGCAUGUCUUAAAAUUCUCACUUACAAAGGUACCAAAUCCAAGAAUUGUGGAAGAAGAUAACAUAUCACUUUUCUUCCAAGACUUGAGGAUUGAACAACAGGAUCAUAACCAGCCCAAUAUAUGA